AUGAGUAGUCAUGCCAAGGAACUCUUUGUCCCGGUGAAGACCCUUGAGUGUACCAUCACCACUGACUUUUUAGUGGUGAAGGAGAACAAGCUCGAGGAGAACAAGCUUGAGGGAGCUGCCCUUGGGGAGGUUGACAAUAAUCCUCAUAGGUGGCCGCCAUUGGUAGAUUCUCUCACCAAGCAAUUCUGCACUUGGCUACCACUGAAGGAGGAAUACCAGUGA